GAGGUCUUGAAUCAUGACUUGCCCUGUUCGCGCGCACAGUGGGCAGUUCUGCCAGGAUCAUUCGGACUAGGCAUAUUGUCUCUUCUAAGUAAACCGAGGAUUUUAACUGAGUAACACAGACUUGUUAAAUGAACUGGGAGUGGAGUGACAUAUAUUCCCAUCCAUUAUGGAUGUUAUCAACGGCGUUCUUGGCCAUAAUUGUGCGCUCGCAGCGGAAAGCACAGUGGAAUCCGCGCGCGUGUCCCGUGGAGUUAAAAGGGAAAACUGCGAUUAUCACUGGAGCAAAUACCGGGAUUGGGAAGUUCAUUGCCCUGGACUUUGCCCGUCGUGGGGCGCGGGUGAUCCUGGCGUGCCGGAGUGAGGCUCGUGGGACUGCAGCGCUGCAAGAAAUCAGAGACAGCACUGGGAACCAGAACGUGCAUCUGCGUCUGCUUGACACCUCUUCGCUCGAGUCUGUCCGAAAGUUUGCAGCACGGAUCUUGGAGGAAGAGAAGGAAUUGCACAUCCUGGUCAAUAACGCUGGGGCCUCAGGCCUACCCAGUAAGAUUACCGCUGAUGGGUUGGAAAUCACAUUUGCAACCAACCACAUUGGGCCGUUCCUGCUCACCAGUUUGCUUUUAGACCAUUUGAAGAAAUCAGCCCCAGCGCGCAUCGUAAAUGUUUCUUCAAUAAAUCACUGGAAAGGUGAAGUGGACUUCGCUCAUUUCCGUGGGGACAAUCUAAACCAUGGGAUGGAUGCCACAUAUAACCACACUAAGCUGCACAAUGUCAUUUGGACCAAUGAGUUGGCACGCAGACUUCAGGGCACAGGAGUGACGGCAAACUCUCUGCAUCCUGGUGUAGUUAUGACGGAUGUAAUGAGAAACUAUAACGUCAUUAUCCGAUUCCUCUUCAACUUGAUCGGCUUUUUCUUCUUCAAAACUGCCGAAGAGGGGGCUUUCUGCCCAAUAUACUGUGCAGUGUCGGAGGAAACAGAUGGAAUAAGUGGAAAAUACUUCGACAGCGACUGUUCCAUUGUACUUCCAGCAGUUCUUGCCAGAGAUCCUGCUCUCGGAGUGAAGGAAUAUGAGUUCUGUGAGAGGCUGACUGCUAAACCAUAAAGGGACAGAAAUUCUGUCCUCAUUAAUUCAUCGUCAUGUUUCUCCAAACCAUAUGAAAAGAUGUUAGUUUAGCGGAAUGACCAUGCAGAUGUACCAUGCAAGCAGUCCAUGAAACCGUCUUUUGAAAACUUUAUGUGGGGAACUGACUGAACUGUAACUUUUGCCCAAUCAUUAAGGCUUGGCUGUUUCUGAUUGUUGUAAUGUUAACCUUUUUUUCUAAAGCAGAUAUUGAACAUAUUUUACAAAUCCUCUUGAAUAAAUAACAUAUAACGGCUAAUUCUGCCAUUAUGUCUCUUUUUUUUUUUUGGUCCACUCAACAACUUUGAUCUUUCAAACAUGAUGUUUUUGAUGUAACUUUCUGCAAUGUGGUAGUUAUUUUCUCAAACUUAAUGGAAAACAGAAUGUAGAAGCACUCUCAAAAUGCAAUGUGAAUUCCCACGUUUCCCAUCCCAACACAUCCAAACGAUUCAACAUGUUCUCUAUUUGCUAUAAAGAGUUUUGCAAUAACAGACAUCCUCUAUAAUAAAUGAAAGCUUGAAUCUG